AUGGAUCUUGCAACCUUGUUCGGCAAGCUCCAGGAAUAUGAAAUGGAGCUAACCAGAAUAACCUUGAAGGAACAAGCCAUCAAGAAAAGUAAGGGAAUUGCCUUGAAGGCCUCGACACCAAGCAAAGAGAAGGAUGAGGAAAAAGAAGAUGGAGAUUCCGAAAAUGGUCUUGACGAAGAUGAGAUGAGUCUCUUCGUAAAGAAGUAUGGAAAAUUCUUUAAGAAGAAUUUUUCAAAGAAAUCCGCAUUUCCUCCUAUAAGAAGAUCUAAAGAUGAAGGAUCCUCACAACUCACUAUCACUUGCUUUGAAUGUGGAAAAACCGGUCACUACAAAUUGGAUUGUCCAAAUAUUCAAAAGAAAGACAAAUAUGAAAAGAAGCAAGGCAAGGACAGAAGGAACUUCAAGAAGGCUUAUCUUGCUUGGGAUGAUGAAUCUAGUUCUUCCGAUGAUGACUCCAAGGAAGAAGCAAAUCUAUGCUUCAUGCAAGAUGGAAGACCACCGGAGAAAUCAAGCAAAGGAACUCAACAUAUAUGUCUAAUGGCAAAUGAGGACAAAAAUCAAUCUGAAACCGAGGUAAACUCAUCUUGCUCUACUUUGUCCCCUUCAUAUGAUGAGUUGUCUGACAUGUUUGAAGAAAUGCAUAAUGAAACACUAAUACAUGUUAAAGCUCUUAGAGCAUCAAGAAAAACUAUUAGUUCCUUGGAAAAACAAAUUGCAUCUUUAGAAAAGGAAGUAAAAGAGUUGAAGGAUGAAAAUGAAACUCUCAAAUUACUUGAUGCUAGCAUUGGUUGUAUUAAAUGCCUAUCUUCAAAUGAUCAUGCAUCUUCAUCAUGUACUUCAUGCAAAGAUCUAAACAAUGAAAUUGAUUAUUUAAAUGAAAUUCUAAGCAAAUUCACAUGUGGAAGAGACAACUUAAAUGUGUUGCUUGGUCAUAGUGCAUCCACUUGUAAAGUUAGAAAGAAUGGUAUUAUUGGGCUAAAGAAAGUGUGGGUUUGUUUGAAGGCUAAAAGCUCCAAGUGGUACUUGGAUAGUGGUUGCUCAAGUCACAUGACGGGAGAUGUAACUAAGUUCCAAUCAUUCAUUAAGAAAGAACAUGGACAUGUUUCCUAUGGAGAUAACAACAAAGGAAAGAUUCUUGGUAUUGGAAAAGUUGAAAAUCUUGGCAAGUUUGACUCUAAAGCCGAUGAAGGCAUAUUUCUAGGAUAUUCACUUACAAGUAGAGCUUAUAGAAUUUAUAACAAAAGAACAAUGGUCAUUGAAGAGUCUAUUCAUGUUGUAUUUAAUGAGACUAACAAUGCCUUGCCUAGAAAGGAACCUUGUGAUGAUGAGGUUAUAGAAAGCAUGGAAAACAUAAACUUGAAUGACAAAGAGGAAGACGAAAGGCAAAAAGAAAAGGAAGCAAACAAUGAAGAAACACCAAGUCAACAAACCAAUGAUGGAAACAAUCUACCACAAGAUUGA